AUGACGGAUGAAGCAGUGCUAACUCUCGGUCCAAAAAAUCCGACGUUGUUGGUGAAACAAAACAAACAUGUGUCGGGAUAUGUUUGGAACCAAACAAAUAAGAAAGUCUUGAAGCUGGGAUUACCCCACAUUCCUUUGAAUGGUGUCCCUCCACAAAUCGAACAAUAUGUUCGACUGGCUGGAUUUUACGAGGCCGCUUUAUGUGGUUCUAUCAAACAAGACAAAGUGUUGAUAUCAGCACCGGUGGAGCGUUGGCUGCCUGAGACGCACACCUUUCAUAUGUCGUUUGGAGAGUGCACCAUCACUCUUCAAGAUGUUGCCGUUCAGCUGGGACUAAAUAUUGAUGGGCAACCUGUUACCGGGGUGACAUGGUGUGACUGGUCUGAUCUCGUUAAUCGUGCGCUAGGAGUCACUCCACCGCGACGUGCUAUUAGAGGAAGUUGUUUAAACAUGAGAUGGUUAAACCAGUGUUUUGAUUUUCAAAACCUAGGUGCACUUGAGCCGGCAGAAGCUGAAUUUGUUGCAAGAGCAUUCAUUUUGCGCCUGAUUGGCACUUUCUUAUUACCCGACCACUCGGGAUCACAUGUGCCUCUAAGAUAUCUACUACUAAUAGAGAAUUUAGCUCUGGCCUCCACGUACAGUUGGGGUUCGACCGUGCUUACAACUCUCUAUCAUGAGUUAUGCCAUGCAACCGGUUAUGAACGACAAGAAAUCGGUGGUUGUACUUAUUUGCUCCAAAUCUGGGCUUGGGAAAGGAUUCCAAUGACUGCCCCUGAAACCAUACCGAUAUUGCCACUCGGCUGCCCCAUCGCAGGAAGGUGGGGAAGAAACCCAAAUCGUGUUGACGUUGGUCGUCAAACGAAUCAAAUUGAUUUGUGGCGGAUCAAGCUCGACGAACUGAGAAUUGAAGACUUUGUCUGGAGGCCAUACCUAGAUCAUGUUAUAAAUUCGCUACCGGAACGGUGUCGGCAAAGUAUGCACUUGUGGAGAUCAGUUGUGCCAAUGAUAUGCUACACCUUUGUUGAGUGGCACCAACAGGAUAGAGCCUUGCAACAGUUUGGCAUGUUUCAGGGGGUACCUGACCCACCAUAUCAAAUUGAUAAACUGCAUGACAUAACUUUGUCGGGGAAGGAACAGGAAGAUUGGGUUACAGCCAUGAUGCCCUUUAUACAGAUGUGGGGGCAAAGACACCAAAGGACGGUUCAGCAACCCGUGGGUGAACACAUUCAACAUGUGUGGUAUGGACUUUCUGACGUCAGUCGCGGUACGUAUACACCUGAGGAAAUGCAAAGCCAAGCCGCGCGUUGCCUUACAUUAUGCCACCAGCUGGACAGGAUUACUGUUCCUGCUGCGUCAGUUCAACUCAUGCCUACAGACUUACCACGUCCCACACAUGCAGACGUACCACAUGUUGGAAGAGCAGAAGCACAGGGUUUGGGCAAGAAUUGGAAAGAGGUGCAUGCUCAGGAUGUGACUAUACAUGGAGGUACUCUACCACCCCGAGAUGGUGAGUACUCAUUGUAUCCCCUACAUCAUGGUGAUUCAUACCGACAGUACUACUUUGGUGGUGGGUCGAGACAGCCUGCAAAUGAGUCAGGGUCAUCUGGUAGUUCCCAACACUACCAAGAGCCACAAAUAUAG